AUGGGGCAUGAGUUGAAGAAGCUAUUAACAGCAAUUUCUCUAUCAGCAAUCUUUUUCUUGUACAGUGCGAGUGCUUGGACUGGUGAAAUUCUUGGAAGAGUUGUCUGUGAUGUAUGUGGGGAUUCUUCCAUUGGUCCUGAAGACCAUGUUUUGGAAGGUCAAUUCCUAACCCUUCUCUCUGUCUCUGCUUAUUUUGAUGCGUUUCCCUCAGACUUCAACAUCUUGGCGUUUUUCAUUUUCCCAAAAUAUAGAGGCUUCCAUCAAGUCAAUAUCCCUCUAGCGUCUCCAAACAUCCCAUAUGAUAUAAACCCUCUAUCAGUUAUGCAAUCCGGGUUAGAUCUCUUGUUGAUUCCCCUAACUGCAUUGAUCACAGUCUCUGGAUUGUUGUAUCAUGGUUCAGAGAUAGGGCUUUCAGGUGCUGAGGUUGCUGUUCUUUGCAUAACAAAAUCUGGGGAAGUUCUAAAUUAUCAGGCAUUCACAAACUCUAAGGGCAUCUACACAGUGGCAGAGACAAUGCCAGAGAGUGAUCGCUGGGAUGCAUGCCUGGCAAGACCUAUUAGCAGCUUUCAUGAACACUGCACCCAUCUCGGUGAUGGCAGCUCGGGCAUCAAGUUCAGUUACAAGCAUCCAUCGGGCUAUUCUUAUGCUGUCAGACCUUUUGUGUAUCGUCCUGCUAAUAUUCCAAUGAUAAAGUCUCAAAAGUUGACUUGUCAAGUUCGGUGGUCCGCCAGACCAGGGAAAGAGGGAAGUCCCGCGAAUAACGUUAUUCUCCUUCUCCUUUGCCAUCCCCAUCUCUCUCCUCUUCUUUACAGGGAGAAAAUCCAAACGAGAUUUGCGUUGCGGUACGAUCAGGAGCUGCUUGGGCCCUUGUCAAUCAUGAUACAGCUUGCAAAACAAUUACGAAAAGCUUUCGGGGCUUCAUUUCUAUGGCUUGUCUGCUUGAUUUAUUUUACUCAGGGUUUUAGAUCUUUUGUAUGGACAGCAGUUUCAUAUCAGCUGAAAGACAAUCUAAAGUUGUCGCCCUCAGCCUCCCAGUUUGUGUCAUCAAUAGCAUUUUUCCCAUGGAGCAUAAAACCGUUAUAUGGAAUCUUGUCAGAUUGUAUCCCAAUUAGAGGAAGAAAAAGGAUUCCAUACUUGAUGAUUGCAACUCUACUCUCUCUCUUCCCAUGGGUCCUUUUAGGCCUCACUGCAUCCUCAAGGAAUUCCAAAGUGCAGCUUAUGACUUUAUUGUCAUUGCAGAACCUGGGCUCUGCAAUGGCAGAUGUUGUAAUCGAUGCGAUGAUAGCAGAGGCAGUGAGAUUUGAGCGGGCCUCAUUUGCUGGCGAUCUCCAGUCAAUAUCUUGGAUGGCUAUGGCCUUGGGAGGAAUCGGUGGGAGUUUGCUAGGAGGAUAUGCAUUAACUAACUUGCAGAUAGAUAAAAUUUUUCUUCUUUUCGCUGUAUUACCAAGCAUGCAGCUAUUAUCCUGUGGUUUGGUUGAGGAGAGAUCUGUAAGCAGUAAAGUUUUGCUUGAAGUUUCUACUUCAAAUGGCUCCCUCGUGGAGAACACAAGUAUAUUGGAUGAAGACAAUUUCUCAGCUAAGAAUUCCAAAAACAGUACUUCAAGGAGAAAGAAAAGCAUGAAAAAUAGCAAAAAGAAACUGGUGAUCACAGAUAAUUUACAUAUCCAUGAAAAACAUGGAUCAAUGGCAUCACAAUGGUUCCGAUCUUUUAAAAUGGCCACUUAUACUCUGUUUCAGGCUUUUCGUCAGCCAAUCAUCUUGAGGUAAUUACCUAUAACUGCUUCAUUGGUUAUUUGGCAGUUGGGGCGUCACCAGUCAAUUCGUCCCUCUUUGAGUACUGUGUGUUCAUCUGGACAACAGAUGAAUUUGAUAAUUGCAUAAUAACCAGACCUCUUAAAUAUUGAUUGGUUGAGGUCUUGGAAUGGUUUGAGAAUGGAAAUGCUUCCAAAUGUGCUUUUUUAAGUCCUUCUGUUUAAUUGUUGGACAUCAUAUGUCUGUAAUGUUCUUAUUCUUUUCCACAAUAUUUUUCUGCUCUAAUUAUGAUUAUUUUUUAUUCAAUUUCUUCUUGGGAAGGCUAGACCAAUGGCUUGGUUUUUCUUGGCACAUGUGACUGUCCCAAACCUUUCGACCACCAUGUUUUAUUACCAGACAGAAUUUUUGAAAUUGGAAGCAUCCUUUUUGGGCACAGUGCGUGUUGUCGGGUGGUUAGGCCUCAUGCUUGGAACCUUCAUUUAUAAUCGCUACCUAAAGAAAAUGAAAUUGCGCAGAAUUCUCAUGUAAGUUUACAUUACACUGGUAUAUAUUGGGCCGUUUUUCCUAUUAACUUGCCAAUUUGAUUAGAUCUACAAAAUUUUAUGCAGGUGGGCUAAUGUUGGUUUGUCUAUCUUGAGUAUGUUAGAUAUAGUUUUAGUGUCUCGAUUCAAUGUUGCAUUUGGCAUAUCAGACCAGACUAUGGUGUUAUGCGGGUCUGCUCUUGCAGAUGCAGUCAAUCAAUUCAAGUAUGUGCAUUUUUUCUUCAGGAGUGUUCUUAUAUUGGUUAAGCAGUAAAAAAAUAAAUAAAUAUUGGUUAAGCAGAGCCAUUCUAGUUUUAGAAUACAUGUGCACUUGGACUAAUUUCCAUGUCAUUACAGGUUUAUGCCAUUCCUGAUCUUAUCAGGACAGCUUUGCCCUCCUGGAAUUGAAGGCACGCUAUUCGCCCUCUUCAUGUCGAUAAAUAACUUGGGUUCUACCCUGGGAUCAUUUGUAGGUGCUGGUUUGGCUUCAUUCCUAAACAUCUCUUCAGGUUCUUAUGACAACCUUCUUUUGGGCGUUGCAAUUCAAGUCCUCUGCACUUUCAUCCCAGUUGCUUUUCUAUUUUUGAUACCGAAGGAAGCUACAGGGAUAUCAGCAUAGGUUAUAGAUAAGCAUUCUAACUGAAAAUAGAUUGCAAGUUGAUUGAAUGAAACUGACUUCAUUCUUUGUCACAGAUACAAGAACUUAGGAUUCUGGAGAGCUUUUAUCACGGGAAAAAAAAAGAGUUAGAAAUGCAAAUUUGAAAAUCAAAAUAUUAUAUUUGCCAUUAUAUAGUUCCCCAUUGAGUUUCGAUUCGAGGAAAUUUGAUGUUUUUUCAACUUUGUACAACAACUCUGUAACAUUGUUUUGGAUGAUUAAUCAAUACAAAAAUAUGGGCUGCU